AUGGCGGAGACGCUGUCGUCAAAUGUGGUCAACUACAUUGUCUGGCGCUACCUGCAGGAAUCGGGCUUCGGUAAUGCAGCGCUGCAACUGUCGCGCUGCUGGAUCCGCGACCCCGAGACGCUCCCCUUCGCUGAGAGCACCGAACCGCAUACGCUCAUCAGGCUCCUCCAAGAUGGCAUGUGCUUCGACCAGCUCCAGGCAGAAGCAUGCAACACUGAGCCGCGAUAUCGAUUCGGAGACGACCAUGGACGGCCCUACUCUGUGCGCAACGGCGCGCUGUUGACCCUCGACAAGGGCAUACCCGCCCAUGAGCUUGCCACUGAAGCCGGUGGAGCCGUGCAAGAACCGCCGCCCAAGAAGGGCGUCAAGCGAAAGAAGGCGAAGCCUACAAACGGUGUCGAGCCGCGCCCAGAGCCCGAGGUCAAUGGAGACGCCAUGGAAAUUGAGCAAAAUGGCGCUACACACGUAACAAACAGUGUGCGGGCUGAGUCGGAAGCCAUGGGUUCGGAGGCAGAGUCCGCCACAGUGGCUGAGAUCCCCAUAUCGACACUCAGCAUUGGCCACGACGCCGAGAUCCAGACUGAGGUCGUGGCCGAUCUGACCCCGGCCACCAUCUUCGUCCCCCGUCCUCAGGAUCUCGGGAGCGUAGUCAAUUUCACGUCAUGGGGUCCUUCAGAAUCUCCUGUGCUCAUCGCAGCUGGCGUUUCGUUGCUCCAGGUGCAUCUAGUCGACAAGGAAGCACACAAGGGGGCGGCCGAUGUGCACUUAUCCGUCAACAGCUUCGCAAUCACAGCCCUGUGUUGGCAUUCUCAUGGCGAGAUGACCGUGUCUGCAAGGGAACAAUGCUUCAAUGAAGUCGGGGAGAAGAUCAUGAAAGACAAGCUGAUCAAACUCAUUGAUGGCGGCGAGAACUCACAAGUCAUUUCUUCCCAGGCAGGUCUUGUCAACACGCUUCGAUGGAACGCGGAUAAAGAACUAUUACUCUCGAUUUCGACAGACGGAGAAAAGGGGUCCAUAAAGAUCUGGAAGAAUGCCAGCGAUGCGAUCCCGGCGUGGACCGAAUUCACGAACACAGCCAUCUUGGAUGCGCUUUGGAUAAGCGAGUCAGCCUUUGUAGUAUGCGGCAUCCGGCUCUUCAAGAUCUACGAGGUCAAUGAGACUCUGACGACCCAACGGACCCUAGCCACCCAAAUCACAUGGGACGCGAUGAGAUACGACCCGUCCUCUGGCAUUAUUGCUGCUAUAGGAAUGGACGACUUAACAAGCUGCCUGGGCAUCCUUCAUCCCAAUGAUUCCACCAACUUACAGACACAUAUUUACCCAGAUCAAUAUCUUACAGACCUGGAUUUCCGCGUUCGAACCACCACCACUAACGCCCUAACCAAUGGGUCCUCUGUGCCCCCCGUCCUCCUUGCGACCAGCUCAAUGGCUGAGACGGUGCGCAUCUGGGACGCAAACGAACCUUUCAAAUGCCUCAAGAAGCUGCCCACCACGGACGGUGCCCAGGCCUUCAAAAUUGCGUUUUCACCAGAUGGCCAGCUCUUAGCAGCGGCGGGUCCCGACGCCGUCACAGUAUGGGACGUAGAGAGGAGAGAGGUUCCAGUAGCCUCGUGGCGCGCAAAGGACUGGGCAAGCGACAAGUGGGAUCCCAGCAAAGACGGCGAAUUCAGCCUUGGCUGGGACCCGGACAGUUCGAGGUUGUCCAUUGCCCUCGGAAAUCAGAUUGCCAUCAUUCCUAUUCCCAGGUAG